AGAGAGAGAGGGAGAGAGAGAGAGACUGCAAUAGAUGGAGCUACAGGAAUAAACAGAUAAAGGAAGAGAGACAGACAGGGAUAGGCAGAAACAAAGACAAAGAAUGACAGACGGAUAUGGAAGAAAGGAGGGCGAGUGAGGCGGGGGGCAGCCUGGUGGAUCCAUAAUUUCAGACUGAUAUGAUGUUGAUUUUAUUUUUGUUGUUGAUGUGUGUGUGUGUCUUUGAGGUGACUUAGCCCAUUUAUCACCAAACUAUGAAGAAGCCUUGCGCGUCAGUGAUAUAUGAGCUUUUUGUUUGUUUGUUUGUUUUUAAACCUGCUGGCCACAUGCUCGUAUGGAAUAUUUGUUUGUUUGUUUGCGUCUGGUCUGUGUUUGUGCUCGUGUGACCAGAGUCAGUACCGAAACUGCUGAAGAAGAAGAGGGGUGGAGGCGGGCAAUGUUGGCCCCGCCUCCCCUCAUCCCUCACGUAUAAAAAGGAGGCGAACAGAGCCUAUUCUCACUCAACACUUGCACUGAAGAAUGAGAUCUUUAAAGCACCUGAAACCUCACAGCAGGAGGAGCGUGGAGGAGGCGAGCCGGCGCCUGGGUAGAUGUGAGCCCAAGGUAAUGGCCAGGCUGGUGGACAUAGGCACACAGACAGAUCCAGUAGUCGUGCUGUCCUUGGCCCAGGCCGCCGUGCUAGGUCUCAUCUCCCAGAAUGAAGUGUUCGGAGCUACCAUUGCACCUAACGGCUUCUACACCGGUGAACCCAAAGAGUCCCCUGCACCACCAGUAGACGGAGUCGACUACGAGUACGCAGACCAGCUUAUCGGAGCCAACGGAGAUUACCUAGGAGACAACUUGGGAGAAGACGGUCAGAUGCAACCCAGCUGCAGUCAGAGGAGGUGGCAGCAGGGGCCCCCUCAACAUCCAGACGGGAAAAUGGUUGGCCCUGAUCGUCACAGCCUUCAAGGCGGUGAUGUGUCCUCGUCCCAUGUGAAAGGGGAAGUGGUGAACUCUGGAAUGUCCUCCUGUGUCCACAUGCUAAACAAUAUGGCUCCCAGAGGUGGUUUAGUACAAGUGGAUCCAGCCACCCUCAGAGGCACCAACAAGAACUGUACAGAGUGUGAGCGGGAAGCAUCCAACCAGCAGCAAGCCAACACACACGUUCACCCUCCUCCCCCCCAGGUGGGCCACAGAGGAGGGGAGCAGGGCCACAGAGGACUGCAGGGCCAGCGCCCUAUGGGGGGCCACGGUCGAGGUAGCAGAGAGGAUGAAGAAGAGGUAGAACAUCAGGGGAACAACAUGAUGAAGCCUACACAACAGGAGGAAGCCAUCAGCAGCUACUUCCAGACCAGUGAAGUGGGCAGCUAUGAUUCAGCGGAAAUGGGCAUGGGGGGUGGCGAGUAUGAAGACGGCAGCCAGAGCAUGAUGUGGACAGAUGGGAGUGGAGGAGGGCAGCACCAGCAUCCUCCACACCCCCAGCCUCCACGUCGGCACGGCGGCCGCAGAGUGGACCGGCUGGAUAUCAACAUCCAGAUCGAUGAAUCUUACUGCGUAGAUGUGGGAGACGGUCUGAAGCGCUGGAAGUGCCGCAUGUGUGAUAAAUCGUACACCUCCAAGUACAACCUAGUCACACACAUCCUGGGCCACAAUGGCAUCAAACCACAUGCCUGUCCACAUUGCGGGAAGCUCUUCAAGCAGCCCAGUCAUCUUCAAACCCACCUGCUGACCCACCAAGGUACGCGACCCCACAAGUGCACCGUCUGCAAGAAGGGCUUCACCCAGACCAGCCACCUGAAGCGGCACAUGCUCCAACACACUGACGUCAAGCCCUACAGCUGCCGCUUCUGCCGCCGCGGCUUCGCCUAUCCCAGCGAGCUGCGAGCGCACGAGGUGAAGCACGAGCGCGGACGUUGCCACGUCUGCUCGCAGUGCGGCAUGGAGUUCCCCACCUACGCCCACCUCAAACGCCACCAGACAAGCCACCAGGGCCCCCACACCUUCCAGUGCACCGAGUGCAACAAGUCGUUUGCCUACCGCAGCCAGCUCCAGAACCACCUCCUGAAGCACCAGAGCCCGAGGCCUUACACCUGCUCCCAGUGCGGCCUGGAGUUUGUGCAGCUCCACCACCUACGUCAGCAUUCGCUCACUCAUAAGGGGAUGAAAGGCCACAAGUGUGACGUGUGUUCCCGGGAGUUCACCCUGUCGGCCAACCUGAAGAGGCAUAUGCUCAUCCACAACAGCGUCAGACCCUUCCAGUGUCACGUCUGCUUCAAGAGCUUCAUCCAGAAACAGACCCUCAAGACUCACAUGAUCGUCCACCUGCCUGUGAAGCCAUUCAAGUGCAAGGUAUGUGGUAAGUCUUUUAACCGAAUGUACAACCUGCUGGGCCACAUGCAUCUCCAUGCUGGCAGUAAGCCCUUCAAGUGUCCUUACUGCACCAGUAAGUUCAACCUGAAGGGAAACCUCAGCAGGCACAUGAAGGUCAAGCACGGAAUGGACGUCUCACCAGAAGGACAAGAAGUUCUUCCAGAAAUGGAAAGCCAGGGGGAGUAUGAAGGACAGAACUUCAGCUUUACAUCACCAGACAAUAUGGACAAUGGUGGCUCCCAAAACCUCACUAAACUCACUACAGCAAAUAUGGAGGACAUGGAGGAGUAUUACAAUUUCGGGAAGGAUACAAGCAGCUACACUACACCUUGAGUGAUGAUGGACCAGAGAACAUGUUUGUUUUUUUUGUUUUGUUUUUUUGAAGGCAGAAGAAAAUUACAGAGUUAUUGUCAACGCUUUGGGAGACACUGGGGAUGGGGUUUUCAUUUAGUUUUGGCUUCCUUCCAGAAGAGCCAGAACUGACAGACUCUGAUAGGAGGCCAGGAAGGAGAUGCUCUUCAAAGGAGACGUUUCGGCUCUGUUGCUGAUAGCAGAGACGCUGAAACUGUUAACGCGAUCUGGAGCUCCUUUUUUUGGGGGGGAUUACUGCGCUUACAGACUCAAAGACUCUCACUGGCGGACAGUCAAAUCUGUAUGUUGUGUGUAUGUAUCAGUUAUUUGAAAAAAAAAGUUGCAGUUGCAGAGUCAUCAGUUACAUUUGAUGUGAUAGAAAUUUGUUUACCAUUUUGCCAUUUUUGUCAUUCACAACCAAUGUAUGCCCUUAUAUUUUUGACUGAAAGUGCCAGCUAGAUACAUUUGCAACUAAGCUUCCACCGUGUCUGCUAUUUACUCACUGUAUAUCGAACUUUUGAUACAUAGUCACAACAUAUUCAUAGGUUUGAAUGCUCUCACUAAACAGUUCCUAAUUGUAGUAACCUGUUUCUACCCAGCCCUCAUUUUAGACAGGCCGGUCUUUCAAUACGCGUGUGCUUUUUGCACAGGACAUUGUAGCCUUUUUCUUGAUAGGGCACUUCCUACCAAAGUUGCUACUGUCCCAUGUCGGCUGAUACCAGAAAACUAUGACACUGACAUGUAAAGCCCUCUCACUGUACAAAUGAUUCUUCAACAUGCAGUGUGUUUACCCACCGUUUCUAUUUCAAAUGGUUUAGCUUUACAUUAAUAAUCUAUCCCGUGUAGUGAGUAUUCUGCUCCAGUUUUUGAAUUACUGAGUGAACAAUACAAAGCACUUUUUCACUGAGACCUGUCAUUUUUCUGUGAAGGCUGUCUUCAGUAAGAGUGAACUCAUUUGCCUCAAGGAGAAGAGCUGGGGGAAAUAAGAUCGUAGAAUCUUCCUAACCCCCAUAACGGCAAUAUUAUUAAACACGAUCAGAUAUGCUUUCUCUGUAGGUUUUUUAUAAACUACAGUUUCCUUGAUAUGGAUAUUUCGCAGUUGUCAGUUCAAAUGCGAAUUGAAGAAUGAGCAGUUUGUACGGAGAAUCAGCAUUUUGGGUUUUGUUGUUGUUUGUAGUUUCAGCACUCUUAAAUCCAGGGCUGUUUUCACUUCACUUUCAAUUCAGUUAAUUCAGAAAGAUAUUUCCCCUCUCAACGGGAAAAAAAUUACUGAAAAUGGAUAUCAAAUCCAAUCUGUAGAUUUAAAAGAAGAAAAGAAACGAUUUGGAGGUCUUGGUUACAUUUUGAAUGGUUGAAUUGAAAGUGGACUGACGCUAGUCCUGCUAUUCAUAAUUCUGUUUUGGGGAAGACAGUCAGCUCCCCCUGUCCUGCCAUGCAGGUCAGCCUUGAUAUGCACACUAAACCAGAGAAAUGGUCUACUACUUCUUUUUUGAAAUGAGGAAUAUCAAACUGAGGCCUCAUGGAAAUUGACCAUGAAUUAUUUAAUAAAGGUUCUCUAGUUUAAAUGA